UUUCCAGUAAAGGGGAGGGGGAACGGCUGUGGCUCUGCUCAUAUAACCGCACGUUACCACACGCAAGGGCUACCACACAGCAUCAACUUUAGAACAAAUCGGAAAUACGGAGGAGGGGGGAAGUACUCUCGGGGACAUCGACGGCUAACAGCUAGCUACUCCUCCAGCCAAGGGAUAAAAGCAGCCCGGCUGAGCUGUGCUGGAGUGACUGAUCCAGAUCCUGUCCAUCCAGUGAGCCUAAUGGCUGUCGGUCCAGGCAGCUGCUUGAGGUGUCUCGGAGCUGGGGAUUGCAUCAUUCUGCAACAAUAGCAAUUGGAAUCAAGACUCACUCUCUUAUUCCUCCAUUGCCUCCCCCAUUCCUUUUUCUCUCAGCCUGACUUUCAACACACACAACCCACUGACCACUCCUCCCACGCUAGUCAUGGUCCACUCCCCCUGUUUCUCCAGCCAGUCAGGCAGUGUGUUGAUGGAGGCUCUGUAAUCCUCUGUAAAGUAUAGGGCCUGCAUAUGCUCCCUUUUGUCAUGGAGGCUGUUGUUGUUGCAGAGGCCUCCCUCAGGAGAGCACAUGACGGAGAACAGAAGGCAACAUAAAGCUCACAAAGGGAGGAAGAGUGCGAGAGCGAGAGAGAGACGCUGAUGCUGCCAUUUAUUUGACUGGAGGAGAAUGAGUUUCACAGUGCAACGGAUGGAAUUCAAUGGGUGUCAAACUACAUGAUGUGGGACUGGCAUUACCACCCCACUCCAAUCACAAAUUGGAACUACAGUCCACUUUGGAGAUAUUUUCCACAUAGUGGCCUGCUGCAAGGAAUGCAGUGAAAAAGAGAAGAUUAGACAAUAACUUUUUUCUUGGUUUAGAAUAUUUUUCUAUUUUUCUCUCCUUGGUCUUUUUCACUUGCAGAAUACCAAAAGUGCCUUUUUGUGUUACUUUUUGUCUAUUUUUGUACUUAUCUAGCACUAUAUAUUUAUAUUCCCUAUUGCCAAUGAUUAGUGCAUGUAACCUAACUUACACUACUAUCACAUGUGUGUUGCCAUAUAUAUUAGAAAAGGUACAUAGUAAAUUUGACUUUUUGUGUGGGCCACAACACCAGGCUCCAUCAAAUACACAGUUAACAAUUAUCAAUUUUAGAACCUGAGAGUCAGGUUGUGCCAGGCCGUGACGUUCUGCACUGUCUUCUCCAAACCUUUUGUUGCUUUGGCAAAGCAGAAGUGUCGCCAUGGUCAGUAUCCAGUCCAAAUGGCGCUACCUGUUCAUGUUCCUGGGCAUCCAACUGGUGGUCAUGGCAUUACUGUCCCGAGAGGGAUACCAGAAGAGGGUUUCCUACUUCAUCCGCAUAUUCCGCAAGUCUGACUCCACUGGUAUGACAGGCCGCAACCACACAGCAGCAGGCAUCGCUGGAGGGGAUGUAUAUGCCAACCUCUCCCACCUAUCCAGAUCUCAUAGCCAUGGAGAUGGCAUACCUUACUGCCCGAAGACGUCCCCUCUUAUAGGUGGGCCGAUACACGUCAGCUUCCCAUCAGGGCUCACUCUAGCAGAGGUUCAGAGGAAAAAUCCAAUGGUGGUGCGCGGAGGACGCUACAGGCCGCCUGACUGUGAGGCGAGGCACCGAACAGCCAUCAUCAUUCCCCACAGAAACCGAGAACACCACCUUAAGUUCUUACUAUACUACUUGCAUCCUUUUCUGCAGCGACAGCAGCUCAACUAUGGAAUUUACGUCAUUCACCAGGCGGGAAACUACACUUUCAACAGGGCCAAGCUGAUGAAUGUGGGUUUCCGGGAGGCCAUGAAGGAGGAAGACUGGGACUGUCUCUUCUUCCACGAUGUGGACCUCAUUCCAGAGGACGACCGCAACACAUACAUCUGCGAUUCCAACCCCAAGCACGCAGCCAUCGCCAUGGACAAGUUUGGCUACAAGCUUCCGUACAAGAUGUACUUUGGAGGAGUGUCAGCUCUGACGCCACUGCACUACCUCAAGAUGAACGGCUUUCCCAACAACUACUGGGGCUGGGGGGGCGAGGACGACGAUAUUGGAGUCAGAGUGACUCUGGGGGGGAUGUAUAUCACUCGUCCAUCCCUGAAGGUCGGCCGUUACAAGAUGAUUAAACAUAAGUUGGACAAAGGCAAUGACGUGAACCCAAAAAGGUUCAAUAUGCUGGCCAAGACGCGUCAGACCUGGAAGUUUGAUGGGAUGAACACAGCUGAAUAUGAGACAAUCUCACGGCAAUACAUGCCCCUCUACACCAACAUCACUGUCAACAUUGGCACUGAGGCCGGCCUACAUCCACCGCCACCUCCACCAACACCACAUGCCAAAGUUGCAGGAAAACUUGCAGUCAAAGCACCUGCCGAAGUCCCAGCAAAAGGCUCAGCCAAACCCCCUGCCAAACUCAAAGAGGGCGACUCAGAGAAAAAGUCUACCCUAAGAGACCGUUAAUCAAGUUUCACUCUGCCAUUACUUCAAUGGGUUAAUCCCAUUAGUAAAUGCUGUAGGGUGGUGGUUUUCCUCCUCAAUCGUCUGGAGUUUUCAGCCCAUUUUAAGCUUUUUCGUCAAUUUGUGGAGGAAUUAGUUUGUGCAGAUUCAACAUCAUACUGCCUGCGGAAAGUGGGCCACUCAUUUGGGUGAUGAAAACACUAGAUUUAUUAAAAAUUAAAACAAUUUAAUCUGGAUUUCUCAACUGUGAGAUGACGGCUCUCCACCUUCCGGUUACAUCACUGAUUCUUCUUCCAAGGAGGCCACUGUGAAGAGUGAAGGGUAAAAAUUGGACUCUAUGAGUUUAUAUAUCUACAGCGCUGUGGUCGCUGGGUAAACCUUGUGAUGCCUUAGAAGCUUGUUAUUUUUUGUCUUUUCACUCAUACCUUACAUCAUUUAGGAUAUUGAGUUUAAUGGAGCGGUAGCUGCAAUUUCCAGCAGUCACACUAAUUUUGUUGUCUCCAAUGAAUACACGAGUGAAGGAGACAGCUCCUUCUUUCCAGUUGUGU